AUGUACGGACGCGAAUGUUUGUUAGUUUGCUUGCUCGUCGUGUCCGUCUUGGCGGGAAGACACACGCACUCGCACUCGCAUUCACACACGCACACGCACGGCCCGGAGCAUGGAAACCAAGGCGCCGGUUCUGAAGCACCAUCACAGCCUGGCCCCGAUGGGCAGCCCGUGGUGGUGACACCAUCGGGCAUCAUCAGGGGUUCCAUGAUGGAGUCGCGUCGCGGCAGACCCUUCGAGGCUUAUAGGGGUAUCCGUUACGCAGAACCGCCGGUCGGGCCUCUUCGAUUCCAGCCUCCUAAGCUGAUCGAGAAAUAUGCAGAAGAAGUGGACGCGAGCCAAGAGGGGCCCGCAUGUCCUCUACCCGCGCCGCCAGGCUACUACCUAGACGAGGACUGUCUACGCAUCAACGUCUACACACCUAACCAUAAAAGCAAGGAGCCAAUGCCUGUGAUAUUCUACAUCCACGCCGGGGGUUUCUACGCUUUUAGUGGGCGAAGCGACGUGGCGGGUCCCCACUACCUGCUCGAUAGGGACAUCGUGCUGGUCACCAUCAACUACAGACUCGGGUCCCUCGGGUUCCUCAGCACAGGAGAUGCCCUCGCCCCUGGGAACAACGGCUUCAAAGACCAGGUGGCUGCUUUAAAAUGGGUCCAGAGGAAUAUCGCUGCGUUUGGUGGAGACCCCAACCUCGUCACCAUCAGCGGCUGCAGUGCUGGCUCCAUCAGUGUUAUGCUCCACAUGAUUUCCCCCAUGUCCAAAGGGCUGUUCCACCGCGGCAUCUCGAUGAGCGCGUCGCCCACGCUGCCCACGCCCACGCCCACGGACAUGCUGCGGCUGGCGCGGCGCCAGGCCGAGCUGGUGGGCUGCCCCACCGCCACCUCCAGGGCCAUCGUCGACUGCCUCCGCACCACGCCCUGGAAGCAGCUCGGCGACUCCCUCAACGGGUUCUACGAGUUCGGGUUCGAUCCGGUGGGCAUCUGGCUGCCGGUGAUAGAGAAGGACUUCGGGCAGGAGCGCUUCCUGCACGUGGAGCCUGCGGACGCCAUCCGCGAGGGCAGGAUGCACGCGGUUCCCCUCCUCGUCAGCCAGACGGAGGACGAGUUCUUCUGGAAGGCCUUCACCGUUCUGAACAACCAGACGCUGCUGGAGCAGAUGAACUCGGAAUGGGAGCGGGUGGCGCCCAUCUCGCUCCAGAUUCCCCGCGAGGGAUCAGCGCCCAUAGUGGAGCGGCUGAGGAGCUUCUACUUCGGUGAUAAGCCGCUGCGCAACGACUCGGCCACCGCCACAGCCCUGGGGAGGAUCUACGGCGACGCCAUCAUCGGCUUCCCCGUCCACAGGAUGGCCAACCUGAUGUGCCGCCACUCCGCGCACAAAGUGUACUACUACGAGUUCGCGUACAUCGGCCGGCACAGCCACUACGAGGACCCCGUCACCGGGAAGCCCACGGCGGCCGCCCACCACGACGACCUGAUCUACCUGUUCUCGCUGAGCUACCGCUUCCCCUCCAUCGGCACCGCGGGCCCCGACGCCCGACUUGUCGACGCCAUGACCGCCAUCUGGUACACUUUCGCGAAGCACGGCGACCCCAAUCCCCGGGGUGACCUCGAUCUUCCGGAGAUAAAGGACUUGAAGUGGCCUGCGAUGACACCAGAGAAGAGAAGCUAUCUCCGAAUCGACAAAGAGUUCUCCGUCAGGGCAAACCUGAAGGAAGACAGAAUGAAAAAUAUUGUUGGCGGAGAAAAACCGGGCCCGCAAAGUGACGUCACACCUGUGCGGAUCCCCCCUCUCUGGAUC